AUGGAUAGAGUUACGUCAAAACGAGUUAAAAAUAAUGUGUUGAUAGAAAAAAGUGGUGACAGUGAGAAGAAGGCCCUUAGCAAGAGAAGGACAAACAUGAAUAAAAAAAAAAACGUCUUUCUAAAUGACGAAUCGAAGAAUGGUGAAACUAUUAAGAAGAAUUUGAAGAGAGUGAAAACUGAAAAGAUUUCCAAAAAUGCAAAGGACAAGUUGGAAACCACCUGCUUAAUUAACACCAGAAGCAAGGAAAAUGGCAAAAAGGACACCAUAUAUAAGGGGAUAGAAAAGGAGAAGAAAUACCCCCAUGCAAGCAGAGUUACUUCCAUUAAAGGUAACAACGCAAGUGCUAAUGACGGCGGGGAGAACCGCGUGGGCGACGGGAAAAGUGACAACGUGAAGAGCUCAAAUUACACCAUUUUGAGCUAUUUUAAGAACAAAAGCGCGACCGAUAAGUAUGGCGGUAAGGCGGCCGGCGGGGGGGAUUCGAAGGCCGCGAACGAGGGCGAGGCGCGCAAUGGAAGCGCAAACUGCGCGGUGCGCAGCGCGAGCAGCAACGCGCCGAGUCAAGCGGCGAGUCUGGAGGUCAGCCAAGCGGCCAACCAGGUAGCCAACCAGACGGCCAACCAAUCAACCUCCAGCUACGCGAACGGGGCGAACCAAGCCAAUUACCUGAACAUGAAAAACAACAUCGAGCACAACCUGAUGAAUUACAAGAAGUCCAAGUUGAACCAAAUGCACGCGGAGAAUUUCAGCAUGGACUCCUACCGGUCGAACAACUCAUCGAACAGCGAGCUGUACAUCGGGUCGGAGCAGAACAAUUUGUAUUCGAGCAACCAGGAGCACGCUGUUGGUAGGUCCUCUAUGCAGUUGAAGGAUGGUAGUCUGCGGAGUACCACCGGGAGAGCGGUGGGACUGCAUGCGAGUUUGAAAAGUGGCAACAUGAUGGACGUGCACGGUAGCAUGUUGAAGGGGCCGCUACAGUUGAGCGAUUUGUACAGCUCCAGGAAUGGGGAUUCGUCCACCGUGUUGGCUAGGAAUUCGUUGUAUAAGUGCAAGGAGGAGCGGGUGGAUGGGGUAGAUCGGGCGGAUCGGUCGGAUAGAGCCACCAACGGUGAGGGCGAAAAGGGACGUGCCGCCGGCCCCGAAAACGGAUUCAUCAUGAGUAGCAGCCUGGGCAGCGGCUUGGCCAAUUUCAGGGGGAAGGCCAUUUCGCACGUGGAAAGGAGCCGAGGAGGAGUCGACCCAACCGAGUUUGCACUAAAUGGCGAAGGAAGGCACAGUGAAGCUGGGCAGAGAGGCGUCGACAUGAGGCGAAGCGGCGAGCACCUCUACAGUUACAAGGAUCGGAAUAAGGACUACCUGGAUUCGAUAAACCUGUCCAUCAAUCGGGAGAACGAAAAUCAUAGGGAGCUUCUAGUCCGGUCGCUCCCCAGCGGAAAUGCGCUGCACAGGAAUGCAUUGAGUGGGCAUGCUGUUGGUGCAAAUAAGGUGGGCGAUAAAGCGGUGGGCGGAAAGGCAGUUGGCGCAAGUGCCGUGAGCGGCGCGAAGUCGGACGAAGAAUUCCUCGCCAACAACCUGCUCAACUUUGAAAACUACUGCUCGUACAAAUUUAAGAGGAGCAUAAACAACAACCUGAUCAACAACAUUUAUAGCAUGUACGAGGACAAGUCAAAUUUGGAGGAGUUCAUUUUGAGGAAGAGGCGAGAAGGGGGGGGGUGUAAAUCGAAGGAGAGUCUGCCGAGGUGCAGACUGGAUGAUAGCUGCAUGGUAGGACUACGAAAUGACCAUUUCGAGGGGGAAAAGCUUUUUAAAAGGCCACGAAUGUCCCUAUAUAACACCCUUUUGGGGAGGAACAAAUUCCAAGAGGGAAAGAAGGUGGAGAACAAAGAACAGGACAGCAUGUCAGACCUUCUGCUCCAUCACCAAGAUUUGCUCAUAAACAAGAGGGAAAAAAUUGUGGUGAGUAAGGAGGUAGACACGAAGGAGAUUACCAUAAAGAAGUAUAUAAAGAAUUUCUGGCUGCUUAGUCGAAAGGAAUUUUUUAGCAAAUAUUGGAAUGCCUCUCUACAGUUAGACAAUGCAGAAGUGGAGAAGCUGAAGGAGCUGAUCCCCUUUCCCGAAAAUCAAACGUGCACAAUAGAUGACCUGUUCUGCAAGGAUAACGAGGUCGUUGAUGAGGACCAGCUGUUGAAGGACUACGUGACGGAUGAGAAGCUGAAGAAUUUCCGGCUGGAUCUAAUCGAUGGGUUCCUCUACGACAAGCAGUCGCUGUACGAAAGGGAGAUGCUCGAAAAUGAAAAGAUAUUCUCUAACAUUUCCUUUAACCACAAAAAUUCGGAGAUCAAAGUGGACAAGCUGUUGAAUCUGUUUCCGCGAGACUUCAUGAGGAAAUACAAAAUUGUGAAGAAGCUAGGGGAGGGGGUGUAUGGCAAAGUCUUUAAGGCGGAGUCGUUGGAGGAUUCCUAUUUGCACUUUGCCGUAAAGGUGUUACGGUACUUCUGGCCGAAUUUCAAAUAUAAGUUUGGCUCCGAGGAGUUUGCCAUUAACGAGUUUAACAUAAUGAGGAUCCUGUUCCACCCCAAUGUGGUGUGCCUGUUGGACAGCUUUCGCGUGCACACGUAUAGGAAGAGCAAGGUGAAGAACCACCGGAACCAGAAAGCGCGCAGCGAGACGCUGUCGGCGGAAUACGACUUCAGCUUUCAGAGGCACCGCAAGGUGGAGCGCAACCAGUACUCCCCCUCGAGGGACACCAUCGAGCGGAACAACCGGUACAGGAACUUGGUGUCGAAGAGCUGCCUCACGAUUGAGGAUUUGGAGAAGGACCUGGUGCUGUACAACCUAGACAAGGGGGGGAGUGGCGGCGUGGUUGGAAGCGUGAUGGGAAGCGGCGUUGGUGGGGGUGGCGCUUCGGCGGCCGCGCGGAAGGACGCGCGCAAGGAGCGCAGCAACGACCUGGGCGGGCUGCACGCGAAGAAGAAGGUGCGCACGGCCACCUUCAAGUCCGCCGCGGGCGGCAGCGGGGGGGGCGCCGCCCGCCGGGCCGAGCUGCACAGAGGCAGGGCGGACAAGGCGGACAGAGCGAGCCACGCGAGUCAGGCGAGCCAGACGAAUCGGACGAACCGGGCCAACCGGGCUAUCGGAACGCUUCUAACCACCCGGACGAACAAAAGCAUAGACAAGCUCAAGUUCAGGAAGCACUCGAGGAAGCUGAAGAAGAUCGAGAAUAAGAACAACGACUACAUCGAAAACUGGGACCUCUUCCUAGUCAUAGAAAAAUGCGACUGCAGUCUGAAUGACAUACUUAAUAAGGCGAAGAAGAGACACGCCUCCUUCAUCCAACACAUAAAGCAGUGCACAGCGCAGCAUCUGCCAAGUGAGCGAAUCGACAUGUCCUAUGACCACAUACACAACUAUGUGAAAUAUGUGUACCUUCCUUUGAAGAAGAUUGAAAAUCGGUCCUUCUACCCAGACAUGCCAUCGCUGUCAGAGGCUCAGACGAAAGUCAUCAUAUAUCAAAUGCUGCAAGGGAUCAACCACUUUCAUAAAAAAUUUGUAAUUCAUAGGGAUAUAAAGCCAGCCAAUACGCUCAUCAAGAAUAUAAAGUAUUUAUCCGAUGGGUUGAACGACUCGAAGGAGUGGAUUGUUAAAAUUGCCGACUUUGGGUUGGGUGUAUAUGAUCACUUUUUGAAAGCGGAGACGAAGGACUGUAAUAUUAUUACUCUUCAGUAUAGGCCUCCAGAAAUCCUUUGCAACAGUACCAUGUAUAAUUACUCUGUGGAUAUCUGGUCGAUUGGCAUCACCAUGUGUGAGUGCUUGCUCGGGUUUGUGCCGGUCACUUCCAAAUUUGAGUCCUCCGUGUUAUUUAAAAUUUUAGUUUUCCGAGGCAUCCCAGAUGAAGACUUUGACAAUCUGCUGAAGAAGGAGUUCGUGGGGGAGCUGCCCCAGUUUAAGGUGGACCGUCUGCGGAUGCUGGAGGUGAUUUUCACGGACAUUUACGGGCGCAGGUUGCUGAGCGAGCAGGGCAUCGACCUGAUCGACCAGUUCCUCAGCUACGACUACAAGAACAGGAUCACUGCGGACGACGCGCUCAGGCACCCCUGGUUCGAGGACGUGCACCUCCACCUCAACGAGCGCCUGCUCCGCUACUACAAGCGCACGGGCACGUACUACUUCUAG